AUGGAUCCGGUGUGGUUAGAGUGGUUCCACAUGGACGGGGCGGAGCUCGCCAACCGCGGCCGUCGACCGGAUCAUCUUGAUGAUGAGGACGAUCUCUAUGUAGCCUUGGCCUUGGCUCCCUACGUUGAUCGCCACCGGCCUCGAACCCGUCCCCGAUCCCCAUCCCCAUCCCCAUCCCCGCCCUCACACGAGGACGCCGGGGACGACGCUGCUACUGCUCGCAACAACAAGCGUGCUUGCAUCCCCGCUUACAGCGAAGCCAUCCUGGGGCUCAAGGAGGUGGUGCCAACCGCUAAGCACGACGACGACGACUGUGGCAUCUGCCUCAACCCAUUGGCCGAUAUCGCUGGUCCUGAUCACAAGCCAUCUAAGGACGACACGGCAGCUACGUCGAUGCUUCGGGCCAUGCCCUGCUCCCACAUCUUCCACCAGCACUGCAUCUUCCAGUGGCUCCAUCGCAACACCGUCUGUCCUCUCUGUCGCUACCAGCUGCCCACCACUUUCGAGGACGAGGACACCGAAGUCGAGAAGGACGAGGAGGAGACGGACAACUCAAAUUCUCGAUUGAAUCAGAUUAGACGACGACUGCAGAUCUUGUACAACUAA